GGGGGGGUCCAGUCGAUAUUUUUUCGACGACAAUGACAGUCGCCGGCAGUUGCCGAAAAAAUUGCCUAAGUGGGACAGGCCCAUAAAUCUUCUGAAGUCACACAUAACUAAUUCCACGCCCACUAUGAUAAACACUCGCUAUUGUGAACCACACAAGUGCUGAAAUAUGAAACUGAAAGUGAAAGAAGGUUUGUCUGGAGCAGGGAAAUUCCCUCCCACAGGACGUCACAGAGUUUGACAGCUUUCACUGCAGAAGAGGAUGCAAAUGAGAGAAGUGAAUCCCCAUAAAUAGGAGCUGACUGGUCCUCUGCAGCAGAACUUGAUUCAGCAGAGAGCUGUUGCGUUGGGCAGAAGAUCCUUCAGCAGACAUCUCAUCAGCGACACAAAGUGGAAGAUGGACAGAGCAGUCAGUGUGACCAUCCUCAUCCUCCUUCUGUGUGCCGUCACUGCACAGGGUAUUCCGAGUUUAGGAUUACAAGGACGGUGCAAUUGCAUUAGGACCACAUCUGCUUUUAUUCAUCCAAUGUUAAUCCGGAGCCUGAAAUAUAUUCCAGGAGGAUCUCACUGUGAGAACACAGAGAUAAUCAUCACACUGAGACAUAAGAGAAAGGUGUGCGUGAAUCCUGAUGCUAAGUGGGUGCAGGCAUUCAUAAAUGCCAACAAAGGUGCCAGAAAAGACAAAUGAAAGAUGCAGCUACAGUCUGAAGAAUGCAACUCCGUGCCAAAUUACCUGACAGGGAUAGAGGAAGAUCUGCUCUAUUUGUUUAUUAUCUGACAUUGCUGUCUGAUGGUUCAUUCUAGAGUCUUCACUUCAUUGACUUCUGUGGAUAAUUUCACUUCACUGUUCAUCCUUUCAGUAUAGGAGUAGAGAGGUUCUUCUGCAGUUGUGGAGGGCUAUUGCAAGACCAUAUCUAUAGUUUUGUGUACUUUUGGUCUCCUAAUUUGAGGAAGGACAUCCUUGUGAUUGAGGCAGUGCUGCGUAGGUUCACGAGAUUAAUCCCUGGGAUGGCGGGACUGUCACAUGAGGAAAGAUUGAAAAGACUAGGCUUGUAUUCACUGGAGUUUAGAAGGAUGGGGGGGGGGGGUCUUAUAGAAACAUAUUACAUUAUAAAAGGACUGGACAAGCUAGAUACAGGAAAAAUGUUCCCAAUGUUGGGUGUCAUGAACCAGGGGCCACAGUCUUAGAUUAAAGGGGAGGCCAUUUAAGACUGAGGUGAGAAAAAUAAUUUUCACCCAGAAAGUUGUGAAUUUGUGGAAUUCCCUGCUACAGAGGGCAGUGGAGGCCAAAUCACUGGAUGGAUUUAAGAGAGAGUUAGAUAGAGCUCUAGGGGCUAGUGGAAUCAAGGGAUAUGGGGAGAAGGCAGGCACUGGUUAUUGAUUGGGGACGAUCAGCCAUGAAUGGCGGUGCUGACGGUGUUUGCUCUUGUCACACUAACAUGGUGACAUCACAAGAUAGUCUGCAAUUGAUUUGUAGUUCUCCAUAAUCAUUUGGAGAUGGUUUCUAAUCAAUGAACUGAAACUGAAGUUAUCUGUGGAAAAUGAUAAAAGAAAUGUGCCAGUAGUUAAUAUUUCAUGUUAGAAGUCGGAAGAGUGGGAGGUGAUGUUAGUUUUAGAAUAGCAUUUCCAUGGACAUAUUGUCCAUUUUGAUAUUUGCCCACAUGGAAAUGCAGUGGAUGGGAUUGGUAUGCGAGAGGUUGGCUGAGUUCUCUGUUGGUCAGAAAUUAAGGCUCAUUAAACUACUUGAAUAACAUUUGCACCAGCUUGCCCCAGCUCCCCUAAUCUCCCCUUCCCCUAAACCUACACUCCCAUGCCUGCAUCCCUCAUAUGAGAGCUUACUGGAACCCAUUCUGUUUUCACACAUUACCUCCACAAUGCUACAUGUGUUACCAGCAAUGGAGGGCUCAUAUAUCAGGAAGUUAUAUCAGGUGCAGUGAUCUCGGUUAGAAUGUCGAAAAUCAAAAAAAUGUGAACAUGUUUUAAUUUUACUGGAAGAUAUAGAGUAAAGUUGUAUUGUUUCAACAUUUCACAUGCUUCCUUUCCCUGUUGAAUCCUGUUCCUAGUCUGUGAUAUGCAGACAGGAAUACUGCGGUCCAGAUCUAUUCAUUUCAGUUUGAAUGAAAACAUUAUUUUUAUUGAAAUACUUACAAGUGUUGUUGGUGCCCAUUUACAUUAGUGCCUAUUGAUCAUUUUUACUGACGCUGUGGAAUUUUCUCUGUAAAAUGUCAGACUAAGAUCUAUCCAAAGUCUGAAGAAGCAAAUUAUCUGCAGAUGUAAUUUUUAUGUAAAAUACUUGCAUUUUAGAAAUUGGUGCUGCUAAUAGUGUGAUUAUUAUUUGAGGAAAUGGAAUUUGUAAAUAGGAAUAAUGUCUGUACACUGAUUAAUAGAAAUAUUUUGUUGUGGAUGAUUGUUCACUGACUGAAUUUAGUUGACCAAAUGACAUAUCUCGACAUUUGAUGUUUAUAAAUUUUGUUUACCAUUCCUCAAAUGUAUAUAAGAAAGUAAAAUAAACUGGAUUUCUCAUGUCAGUGGCAUUUCAUGGAGUUUCUACAACUCACAGCAUGCAACACAAGCGGUCUAGACAAGUGCUGGGCCUCACUCUGAGAGAACCAUACUGCAAAGUGGAAGCAGUAACACCGCAUGUGUAC